CUCUCUAACAGUAGGGCCAAGCCGACGAUGUUGCAGUAUUACCUCAGGACUUUUGAAGGCUUUUCUGUUGGGUAGUCAGCCCUUAUACAGCAUCGGCCCAUCCGAAUAGCACCUAGGUGGGGCAAGUCGCACUCUAGGCGUAAAUAGGUAGGUAUGUAGGUACCUAGGAGGUCAGUCUCAGCAUUCCUUCAUCUCACUACAUCGUGCCCCUUAUUCUAAGCAUUUUGCAUUAUUCUGGAAUAUGUCGAUCAUUUCUAUUGGAGGACCGAGUCAGUCUGACCUCAGCGAGGACACUGUCCAUCAGCUGGCAGCAAGUCUGUCGGUAGAAAUCACCAACGCAGCUGAUGCGAGAGACUACCUCAUCCUUCUAAGGUCACUAGAAUCAGUUUUAAAGCAUGUUAGAGAUGCGCCAGACUAUAUUCAUCCUGAGCUCAAACCACAGCCUGUGGUUGGAUCUCGACAGUAUUGGAAGCCAAAGGAUGAGGACAACCCGAUGAACGCAUGGAAUUUUCAAUGCAAUCUGAAGUCGUCAAAUCCCACUUCUGAGCAAUUGAAAGAUCUCACUAUAGCAAUCAAAGACAACAUCUCAGUUGGCGGUUUACCGACGACAUUGGGAACCGUUACUGAGGCCUUAUCGCGCGAUGGCUCUCUCCCUAUAUCCCCAAUUGACGCUUCGGUGGUCAGCCGUCUUUUGUCUGCCGGAGGAAUUAUCAGGGGCUCGUCAACUUGCGAGAAUCACUGCGCGUCUCCAUUAUCGUUCACAUCUGCCAGUGGCCCUGUGCACCAUCCUCUCCUUCAUGGAUAUACAUCAGGCGGAAGCAGCAGCGGUUCCUGCGCGCUCGUUGCUGCGCAUGCUUUGAAGCGACAAGGACUAAGUCAGCAAUGGGGCGACACAGUUGAACUUGGGAUUGGUAGUGAUCAAGCGGGCUCUGUCAGGAUUCCGGCCUCGUUCACUGGUAUCUACGGACUUAAACCAACAUUUGGUCUGGUUCCCUACACUGGCGCAGCCUCUAUGGCGCCUAUGAUAGACCACUUGGGACCUAUCGCCUCGUCUUUAGAGGGAAUUGCCACUUUGUUGAAGGUCAUGGCUGGGUAUGAUGGUCUGGACCCGCGAAUGACACCUGAAUCACCACUACUGGAUCAAGUGAAGGAUUAUCCUCAGAUGUUAGCUGAUUUCAAAACCAAGCUUCAAAGUUCUGGCACGCAAGAUCAAAAACCUUUGAGGGUCGGAUUUUUGACGGAAUCUUUCACUAUUGCCAGACUGAGCCCAGUGGUGCGCGACACCGUUCGCCUGGCGGCUAAAUCUUUCGAAGCUGCAGGAGCCGAGGUCACGGAGGUUUCUAUCCCACUCCAUUCCGAAGGGCCUAUCAUCUGGACUGCUUCCACUCGACCAUCGAUGUCCCAGACUCUCUGCCAGGGCAAGACGGGGGGUCAUCUGUCGUAUUUACCCCCGCAUCUUCAAGCCCAGUGGCCUCCAACUCAACAAGCGUUCGAGUUGCAGUCAAAAUCCAACCCCGCCUUGGUCAACAUUAUGUUGAGUGGCCAGUUCGCGCAUAAUCACUUUGGGUCCUGGGUUGAGGGAAAGGCGCAUCGCAAAGUUUUUGAACUCCGAUCAGCGUACGAUAAAGCGUUCGAGGAGGUGGACAUUCUGAUAACUCCUUGCGCCCCAACGCUCGCCAUGCCGCAUCCAAACCCGGAGUCUGGAAUCUUGGAGAAACUCAGUAGCUCUAUUGGAGUCACCAGUAAUACUUGCCCAUUUAAUAUUACCGGCCAUCCGGCGCUUAGUGUACCUUGCGGGUCCGCAGCAACUCCUGAGCAUCCUGAUAUUUAUCUUCCUAUCGGAAUGCAGGUUAUCGGAAGGAGAUGGGAAGACGAGACAGUACUCAUGGCUGCAGCGUUGUUUGAGCAGGGCAGAAAGACCACAAAGACAUGAAUAGUGUUUAUAAGACAGCCCAUAACCAAAAAGUAUUGCUACAUCUGAG